AUGGAGUAUCAAAGGUGGUUGACUAAACUGUUGGGGUUCGAUUUUGACAUCCACUACAAGCCAGGAUUGGAAAACAAAGCAGCUGAUGCCUUGUCGAGAAAGGAAGUGGUGCCAUCCUUGUUCGCUCUAUCCGUUCCUGCUGCCAUUCAACUGGAAGAGAUAUGCGUAGCAGUGGACAGAGACCCCGAAUUGCAGAAAGUCAUAAAGGAAUUGUCAGCAGAUAAGGCGACUCAUCCGGAUUACUCGAUGGUACAAGGGAGGCUGCUGCGACAGGGAAAGCUGGUAAUACCAAAAGGGUCUCUUAUUACUGGAUUAAUCAUGAGGGAGUUCCAUGAUGGAAAACUUGGAGGCCAUGGGGGCGUGUUAAAGACGCAAAAACGCAUUGCCGAACUGUUCUACUGGACAGGUAUGCUGCAAGACAUCAAGCAGUACGUCGCGGCUUGUCAGCCCUUGCCAGUGCCUCAAAGAAUUUGGGAGGACAUAUCCAUGGACUUUGUAGAAGGCUUGCCCAAAUCAGGAGGCUACAAUGCGGUGCUGGUUGUGGUGGAUCGCCUAUCCAAGUACAGCCAUUUUUUGAAGCUCAAGCACCCCUUUACAGCAACUGAAGUAGCCAAUCUGUUCAUACAAGAGAUUGUCAAGCUCCAAGGAUUUCCAAGGACAAUCGUCUCGGACAGGGACAAGGCAGUAUAUGGCAGGGAACCUCCAACCUUGGUAAAAUAUGAGGACGGGUCUACUUCUAAUGUUGGGUUGGAACAACAAUUGAAGGAGAGGGAUGCAGCCCUAGCUCUCAUCAAAAGCCAUUUACACAAGGCUCAACACAGGAUGAAGAAGAAAGCAGAUGAGCAUAGAAGGGAGGUUGAGUUCGCAGUGGGAGACAUGGUUUUCUUGAAAAUGAGGCCCUACAGACGCAAAUCACUAGCUCGCCGUGUUAAUGAAAAGCUCUCUGCUCGCUUUUAUGGACCAUAUCAGGUGGAAGCACGCGUGGGGAAGCUGGCUUACCGCCUGAAGUUGCCAACAGAGGCUAAAAUACACCCUACAUUCCAUGUAUCCCAGUUAAAGAAAGCAGUGGGGAAUCAGCAAGUGGUGGUGUCUGUUCCGGCUCAACUCACUGAGGAAGGAAUCUUGAACGUGGAACCAGAGGCAGUUCUAGGCUUCAGACAACACCCAGUCUCAGGUCAGCAGGAGGUUCUCAUUCAAUGGAAGGACCUACCGGAUUAUGAGAACUCCUGGGAAUGGGGAUCAACCAUUCAAGGUCAGUUCCCAACAUUUGAUCUUGAGGACAAGGUGAAUUACAAAGGGGGCGGUAAUGAUACAUUGUUGGGCCAGCGACCUCCCAUUCUGCACCAGGAUAAGAGAAGGAACAAGGCCAGAACCCAAGUUCAAGCCCAUCAGGCUUAA